GGCAAGAAUUCAGUCUUUCAAAAAUGUUCCUCACGCUUGGAUUGCUCGCGAUCGCGACGGUUCUUACCGUCGUUGCGCUAAUAUACAAAUUGAAAUUUAAAUAUUUGAUCGAUGUGACGCGCGAUAUACCCUCAGCGCCGACAUUGCCCAUUAUAGGACAUGCGCAUUACUUCGUCAAUAAGCCGCCACAUGUGCAAAUCCAAAAACUGAAUGAAUUACUUGAGAUCUAUGGUAAUACUAUGAAAGUUUGGCUGGGUACCGAAUUGAAUGUAAUAAUGGGCGAUGUACAGGAUGUGGAGGCGGUUUUAGGUUCGAUGACAUUUAUUGAGAAAGCGGGCGAGUAUAAAAGACUGGAACCAUGGCUAAAAGAGGGACUGCUCGUCAGUGGUGGGCGCAAAUGGCAUAAACGGCGUAAGGCCAUAACUCCGGCCUUUCAUUUCAAAAUCUUAGAUCAAUUUAUCGAAGUUUUUGAGCGAGAAUCACGCGCUUUGGUCGCCAAUUUAGAGCGCGAGUGUCGUUUGCAGAGCAAUAGUGGUUUCAAUUUAUACGACUGGAUAAAUCUCUGCACGCUGGAUACGAUUUGUGAAACUGCUAUGGGUGUAUCUGUGCAUGCGCAAACCAAUACUGAUUCAGAAUACGUGCAAGCCGUUAAAACCAUCUCUACCGUGAUACACAAACGCAUGUUCGACAUUAUCUAUCGGUUCGAUUUGACUUAUCGGUUUACCAAAUUGGCACGUGAAGAGAAGCGUGCCUUGUCUGUACUACACAGCUUUACCGAGCGUAUUAUCAUGCAACGGCGCGCAGAGUUGCUACGCGCAAAAGAAAACACGCUUACUGCUGCCGCCGACAAAAACCCCACGAACGGUUAUAACGCGACGGACAAUGACGCCGAUGUGGGCGCCAAACGCAAACAAGCCUUUCUCGACAUCCUACUGCACGCAGAGAUCGACGGCAAGCCGCUGAGCAACUUGGAUAUACGCGAAGAGGUGGACACAUUCAUGUUCGAGGGACAUGACACCACCUCAUCGGCGAUAACCUUCUUCUUCUACAACAUUGCCACCUAUCCGGAGUGUCAACGGAAGUGCUACGCGGAGAUUGUCGAUAUUUUCGGUAAAGACACAAGCAAGCCGGUGACUUAUGAAGCAUUAAAUAACUUAACCUAUGUGGAAUUGUGCGUUAAGGAGACGCUACGCUUGUUUCCCUCGGUGCCGCUGUUGGGUCGGAAAGUAACGCAGGAGUGUGAAAUAAAUGGCAAAGUUUUGCCUGCUGGCACAAAUAUCGGUAUCUCGCCGCUAUAUUUGGGACGUCAGGAAAGUAUUUUCCCCGAUGCGAACAUCUUUAAGCCGGAACGAUUCGAUAUUUCAAAUAAUGCGAAGAAAAUGAAUCCCUACGCGUAUAUUCCGUUCUCAGCUGGACCGCGUAACUGUAUUGGUCAACGUUUCGCUAUGUUGGAGGUAAAGAGUAUCGUGACAAAUGUGCUGCGUCAUUUUGAGGUCGAAUUUGUGAGUGAUGGCACGGAAGGACCGACACUUAUAGCUGAGCUGAUACUGCGUACCAAAGAUCCUUUGAUGUUCCGUUUGAAACCGAGGAUAUAGUAAAAAAACCUAGUUGGCUAAACGUUACCAAUUCAACGGAAUGUAUUAAAGGAUUGAUAUAAUGCAACACACAUCUAAACUUAUUCAUAAUUAUACUCAUCUAUUUAAUGAUUAACCUUUAUUAUAAAAUUCUGUUUGUAUAUUUCACCAUUCUUUUAAAUUGUAUAUAGCGCUCAAAAGUACUGCUGGGAUCCGUUUUCUCUAAAAAUAGUUUUCUCAUCAUUAGUUUAUUUUUCCGAUGAAACUAUUAUUGCUUUUGGUUAGCUGGUUUCUCCGAGUCUUCCAAAAAAAUUUUACAUGGAGUUGGCUAAAUUUUUUUUUCGAGCUUUCCCUGUUUGAGGCUUGGGACCGACAAAAAGAUGUCAUGCCAGGAACACUCGCAGGACAUGAUUGAUUCUCUUUCUUAUUUUGCUUACAUGUUCUUGGAUUCCGAUGGUCUUUCUGUUCCCAAUUAUUUAACUUAUAUUUUUUUCAGUCCAGAUCACUCAAUUAACCGAGCUCUUUUCAUCCUUUACCAUAGCAUUUUUUGUACCUUCAACAAUUUUCUGCAUUUUUCGAUUUCUUUUUGUCCUAAUCUUCUCCAUUUGUUCUUAGAAGAGUAUCCCUUAUGACUUUCUUGAGGGUUCCAAACCAGAGCUUAUCGGCAAACUUCUGUAGCAGCUUUUCGCGGCGUGAGACCUACAGGGUUUGUCCGGAAAGUAAUAAGACUGAUUUUCUUCCAACUGUAAUUCGGUGGAGGGCGUUCCUAGCUAACGAACGAGGAGCUGUCGUGUUAGGACAAACAUUUUAGCGCGUCGUGUUUGUGGUGUGUUUCGAUGAUACCAGGCUUUUUUGGCACCCCGGCGUCUCCUCGCCCAAAAAAGGGAAGAAUCAGCAAAUCCAAAGUAAAAACGUUGCUCAUUGUCUUUUUUGGUAUCAAAAGCAUCGUCCACCAUGAAUUUGUUCCUCCUAGACAAACCGUCAACGCCAGGUUUUGCGUGGAUGUCCUCAAGACCGGGUCCGACAAUGCGCUUAUUUGGCCAGACAGUAUAAAUUAUCUAUGUAACACCCUUCCUAUACACUCGGAGAUGACGUUACUUUCUCCUUUAUUUAAGAACUUGCCUCAUUUACAUAUAUUUUUGCUAUUUGGCGCAGUAGUUCUUUGCAUCAUUUCAUGGUUUCUUGUGAAUUGCAAAUUUCGGGUUUCCCCAUCGUGACUUGUAUGAUGGCUAUUAUGCGUAAAAUCUUUCUACUUACAAGCAAGCUAAUAAAUUCUUCCCAUUUAAACAAGUUUUCAAAGCUAAGUAAGCAGUAGCAAAUUUUAAUAUUAAAUAGAGAGUUCAGUCAAAGUCGAACCUGACUUACAGAACUACACUAAAGCAUUUCUGGCUUGCGAAUGUAUGUAUACCUACAUACAUAAGUGCCUAUAAGCGUAAAGUUUUAUUUUUGUAUGGUAAACAAUGUGAAAGUGUUAAUUAAAUAUUUGGUUUAUAUUAAUA